GCUCCAGACAGACAGACGACCAGACGGAGCAGGAGACAGACGGACGAGUCCUCCCUCAAACUCAGGAUAAAGAGCAAAGAAAAUUACAAAGCUUUAAAACAGUAUUGUUAAAAAGUUAAGAUCACUUACUGACAUUUAAGUUUUUAAGCCGCUCGCAAACGGAAGUCGAAGAUGCAGAUGUGCACUGUCCUGGAGAAGAAAGGUGGAUGUGUGGUCGGAGCAGAGCUCAGCUGUAACGUGAGGGAGGAAAAUCCAACCAAGAGAGAGAGUUACACCGCGAACUGGCGCAGCAUCAAUAUGAAGACUCAACAUGAGGAUCGCCAAUCGAUGCUGAUGUCAGACGACUCUCGCCGGGAGUCCCUGUCCCGUUACUGGCAGGCGCGUCCUCUGAAUCAGACCUGCCCAUCGGGUGUUGUCCGAGUGGGCGCUGUGGAGACGGGUGUAAGGGAGCACCAGCUCUUGCCCUACAGGAACAGCCUGCCCCUGCCCAUCUUCAAGCCUGCUGAACUGGGCGUCCGCCUGGGCCGUGGAGCCCCACACACCCUGCAAGAUCUGCCCCCUGCCAGGGUUCCCGACGGAGCCUGUCCAGACAAGAGAGCGGUGGAACAGAUCACCAGAGAUCUGCCGCCCGUCAAACCCAUGCGAAUGGAGUUCGCCAAAGCACCCAGAGCCCUGGGAAGGUCCAUGUCUCAGGAAGCCCAGAGGGGCUGAAAAGCACAAAGACAAAUAUAAGUCAAAGACUGUAUGGACGUUGUUAAAUAAUGAGACAAAAGGCGGGAUGAAACAGAGGGGGUAAGCAAGUAGAAACGGGUUUCUAGGGAUAGUCAAAUGGCAUGUGCAAAUGAGUGAAGUUUCAAAUGAUGAAAUGAUGUUCAUGAUGGGAAUAAGACAUAUGAUGGUCCUGAUGAUGACAAGAAUAAUGCUAUGUAUAGUGAAGCUGAGUUGUAAAUAGUAUUUGCUUGUUUUGUAUCGAGUAUGUUCAAAGCACUUUUUGUUCAGUCGCCAUUAAGUGAAUGUGCAAUUAGUAAAAUUACAACCUAAAUGGUUCAAGUUUAGUAAAAAAGAAACUUUCGUUUUUGUUCAAAUUUAAUUAUUUAACCAAUGACAAUUGCACUAUUUAUUGACAGUGGGUAUAUGUUGUUGGAUUCCUUGAUAGGUGACAUUUUCUGUUUACCUUAAUGACUUCAAUAAAGGUUUAAUAGUAUAAAA